AAAAACAGAUUUUCAUUUUCCAUCUGCAGACAUUUACAGAUGGCUACCUGCAAAGAGGUUCCUCUGGCUUUUUUUCAGACGCUCAACAAUUCCAUUUACUUCAGAGACAGUGAAUGUGACAGCGGAUGUGAAAUCCAAGAAGAUUCUUUCCGGAACGCGAGAAAAACACCCAAAUCCUGCUGGAUUCAAAGCUUGGACCAAAAGUUCCUGGUGUUUAAAGCUCCUGGGAACCUGGAGUUCGAGAGCCGGACGCUGAUUGAACAGAAAGAGCCUGACUCCACAUUUUCCAUCCAGAUUUAUAACGAUACGAAUAUUAGUGGCAGGCAGCCAGUCAUGAUCAAUGUAGCGGAUGAUGGCAAGAAGUUGACAGUAACCUGCCAGGAGAACAAGGAGGUCUCUGCAGAGGAGAUGGAUCCCAACGGUCUGAAUAUGAUUAAUGGAGCAGGACACAAAGCCAUAUUCAGCUGGGAACAGUGCAAUCCUGGGAAAUACAUGUUUGAGUCCACCUUGUUCCCGGGUUUUUUCCUGGCCCUGGAGGAAGCGGACGCCUGCCUGCAUAAACUGGUUCUGCGUCGAGUAGCCAGGGACGAAGUGGACGAAUCAGCCAUGUUUAUGUUGACUACUUGCAGCUCGUAAAGCUUUGUGUUUGUAAAUGACUUCACCCACAUUUGAAGGCCGCUGCUUCUAUCUCAGAGCCGCUGUUCUUUGUAGCAAAGGUUUAAAGGUGUGGCAGAAAAU